GACUCGAAUUAUGCUAUAUAAGUACUCGAGAGACUCUGAGGAGUAUUCCUCCUUCAGGAAAUUCAACGCCUUUUCAAAAAUUCGAAGCCUGCACCUUUACUGCCUCAUUAAUUAGAUCAAAACGAGCAACUGAAUUCGAUGGCGCCAACAGCCUGGUGGUAUACUCCAGUCGGUGGCAUGGGAGGGGAGCCAUUCCAACACGUCCGAGCACAUGAUCCGGUCUCAAAAAUUGAAGUCUGGGCCAAUAAAUCCCUCUACAAGCCUUUCAGGGGUAUUAGAAUCACCCAUGUUAGUGGAGCACAGUCACCAUUGAUUGGCAAAGACGAGGGAAACUUAAGUUCAUUCACAAUAGAAUAUGGGGAGCGAAUAACAAAUAUUACUCAAUAUAAUAGUUAUAACGCACCCGCGGGCUUCAGGAUAGUUACAGACAAAGGGAGGUCAUUCACGGGGGGCGAACCUGUAUCAGAAUCAUACGGGGAACCUGUUCACGGUGGUUUCAUUGUAGGUGUUAUCGGGCGAUUUGGCUGGGACUUUGAUCGAUUCUCAUUCGGCAUGUUAGACGAUCUUCAAAGUUGCCUUGUCGAUAUGAAUUAUUUGAUGAUGCCAAGAGGAGGGGUCAGCGACGUGUCGGUGGUGCGAGUGACUAAGGACAACAAAGAAGGGGCGCGUGAUGCUAGUAUCAACAUUGGCGAGUCCGUCUCCAUCUCGAGCUCUGUAACCACCAGCAAGACGUGGGGAGAAAGCUUGGGAAUAUCUGUUAGUGUUUCAGGUAAGGUCUUUGGGAUUGGUGCCGACGCCAGCACAGAUUAUACAUAUAGCGAGGAGAGAAGUGAAUCAUCGUCUUAUUCGAUUACUAAGACGACCGAUAUCUCCGCAGCGAUGCAAGUUCCCCCAGGGAAGAAAUAUCUAAUCACGGCAUUGUAUUACAAGGGCACAUUCGACGUUGAAUUCCGUCCCAAAUACACAUUCGUUACAAAAACUGGAUUCAGAGCCAAUUUUCCCGAGGGGGCAGCGCAGCCUGUCUCGGGCGUCGCUUCUGGAAACAUGAUAAUAACAACUAAUGACAUCACGAAUAUGUCUCCAAGUCAAAUUUCUCAGCUUAUCUCUCCGUCAACAAAGAUUGGAGAUCGAUCUACUGCUGAAGCUGGAUCUGGAAAUGAGCUCACGAGAGAAGUCCUGGACGGCAACUGGAGUGCUCGGAAUUUUGUGGAGGAAGUCGGCGUAUCUGCAGAUGAUCAGUAAUGGAUACCAGAAUUCGCAGUAGGGGUCAGAAGGCGAGGUGUUGAUAAUAUGGAGGAAGUCAACAUUCAUUUAUCACUGUCGAGGUAUCGAUCAUGCGAUCAUAAGAGGUCGCUGUCUUGGCUAGCGAGGCGCUUUCUUAUAUGAGUGCUAGCUUCCUAUAGAUAGUAAUGAUUAAAAAGAUUACAACCAUGAUAGACUAAAGUACUUUACACUUAUCAACCAAUUUGAUACAAACAAUUACA